AUGAACCCCCCCUUUCACUUCCAGCCCCGUCGCGUUGGAGUGGUCUGGCAUCGCUUCAGUGCCAUCGACGUGGAGCAGGUGGCCUGGGAGGUGGAUGUGGCCACUCUCCAGGAGCACAUCACUGGCAUCACCUUCUGCAACCUGGAUGAGGAGUGGUGCCUCCGCUGUGGGCAGCUGGCGGACCCUGUCCUGUUGAAGGUGCUCAGGAUGGCCCAGCUGAGCAUCGAGUACCUGCUUCAUUGCCAAGAGAGCCUGGGGACCAGCCUGGCCGUGCACACCCAGCACCUGCAAGCUGCCCAUAUCCUGCUGGCUCACGCCCAGCAGCAGGCAGAAGAGCAGACGGUGCAGCUCCGGGGGGUGAAGGAGGAGAGCAGGAGGUAGAAGCAGCUCAUUGCCACACACCAACUCCUCCAGCAAGCUGGCCCCAACACCUACUGCAAGUGCCACCUCUGUGAUAAAGCCUUCAUGAACAACUCUUUCUUGCAAGACCACAUGCAGCGCCGGCAUGCAGAGGCCACUGAGGAGGGUGAGUAGAAGAUGAAGCAGAUGAGGCAAAUGGAGGAUGAGGUGGAGGAGCUGAAGGCGAAACUGCAGGAGACACAGCAGCAGCUGGAAGCAGAGAGGGAAGCAGAGAAGCUGCAAAGGGAGCAGGAGGGCAGGAGACAUUUGGAAAGGUGGAAAGAGGAGAGGACAAAGCUGCACGAAGAGAUAGAUGGCCUGAGGCAGCUCUUCCUCACAGUGUUCAAGGACAUGGCCAGCAGGAGCAGUGCCAUGGAGGGAAAACUGCAGGAGCUUCAGGCCAGAGAGGCGGCAGAGUCCCACCUGGGGACUCUGCAGGACGAUGACACCAAGGAGGCAUGGCGGUGGGCACCAAGCUGGGUGGAGCUGCGGGGUGAGCGGGAGAGGAUGGCGGUGAAGGCUCUUUUAUUCCUUGCAGUGACCCAGGAGGUGACUAAAGUGGUGGGUGAUGAAGAGUCAUCAGACAGGGAGAAGGCCACCCCGAGUGGGAAGCAGAAGCUGCUGGAAGCCCUGAGGAGAAACCCAAACCUCCUGAAGCAGUUUCGCCCCAUUCUGGGGGAAGUGCUGGAGGAAAAGCUGGAGAACGUGGGGGUCAAGAGGGUUGUGAAGGGAAUCUCCACUCGGACCUACAAAAGCCUCCAGGCUCUUGUCAGGUAUCAGCAGCAACAGAAGGCUGAGAAAUUUCCCAGUCUGCUCCACCUGAGGGACGAAGGCCGCUCCGCCCACAGCCUCUCCCCCGAGGUCUCUGUGGAGCACCCUGCAGACCUCCAAAGCCAGCAGCCCCCACCAAGGACUUGUCCCACGCCAGAGUUUUCAGGUGACAGCAGUGACCUGGAGACCUCCUCGCUGGAGGACCUGGCCGGGCCACCACUGGUGCUCGGGGGACCACCUCGGUCCCCAGGGCCCUGGGGAGCCGGGCUGCCAGGGGACACGUGGUGGUGA